AUGCGCAAGGACGGCUCCCUCCAGAAAGACCGCGAGACAGUAAAGACGAUCAUUACUUACCUUGCCGAGUACCGCGAGCACAAGCGGGCCAAGCAGCAUGAGAGCGACCUCCAAACGGCUAAUGCGGUCCUCGGUUUCUGCUGCUCCGCCAUCUGGCCAGGCGGUCACUCUACCAAGAGAAUGGCUGCCACGUCUCAGGGAGUCCUCAUAGGCAUCAUGGAGAAGUACGAGCCUACGUCUUGA